AUGGCUCACUCGUGGAGGGCUCUCCUCGUUGCGAGCCUUGCGCUCGGCAGUACAGCCACCACGAUGGACACGGCCAUCGUGGUCCAAUAUCCCAACGCCAACUUGCCUGUUGGCUACCUUGGCGACAACAACAACACAGCCCUUGGUGCCCCUCGCCUGCGUGUGAGGUCUAUCGGCCUCGCAGAUAUCCUCCCCUCAUUGGACUCCCGUGGUAACAGCCGCUGCUGUCCUCUCGGCACCGUCAACGACGGCACAGGUUGUGUCUUUCCCGAGUCAUCCGUGUGUGAACCCGGCACGAGGCUCGAAGGCAAUGUCUGCGUCAGCGACCACCCGCCUCUGUGUCCCGACGGCCUCAAGUUCAACGGCAAGCUCUGUGUCGCCGUGAAUCCUCCGCAGUGUCCGCCCCUGGCCAGGUUCAAUGGUGUGGCGUGUGAGGCCGAGUCGGACCCCAUCUGCAAGCCCCCCUUUGAGUACGAGGAUGGUGUAUGCAAGUCGACGAGCCCGCCGUUGUGUCCUGCUGGCUUUACCAUCAACGACCAAACGCGCCUUUGUACAUCCAAUGAACCUCCUAAGUGUCCCGACAAGCAGACCUUUGAUCGGGAAGCUGGAGGUUGUGUCAGUGUUGACGGUCCUAAGUGCCCCGGCAACAGCAAGCCCGAGGGAGACCAGUGUGUCGACCACAACCCUCCCGUCUGCCCAGACAAGUACUACAUCAGCAACGGCGUCUGCAGGCAUGACCACCCUCCCUCAUGUCCCGACAAGUUUAUUCUCAAGGGUUGCGCAUGCGUCCGAGAAGAAGACCCAAUCUGCUCUCCUGGCUUCUUCAACACACGCACCAAGGUCUGCGAGGAUAAGCCUCACUGUCCUCCCGACUAUGAAUUCGUGGGAUCCGUGUGUCUCGGCGAGGUGCCGCUCAUCUGCCAUGGUGACACGCAGCUAGUCCUGAGCGAGGCUACGGGCAAGUCGGCUUGCUGCCCUGAAGGAUUUGACUUUUACAACGGCGAAUUCUGUACCAUGGAUGUCGAUGAUCCGGAUGACUGGGACUGCCCGGCCGAGGCCAAGUACGAAGAUGGAAAGUGCUGGAUCAAGCCUCCGGAGCCUCCAUCUUGCCCCGAGCAUAGCGAAAUGAUCGGCAAUAGAUGCCAUAAGAAAGCUGUCCCCGUUUGUCCUGAUAACGGCAGCUACACCGACGGAAAAUGCAUCCUUCCUGGCGGACCCCAGUGUCCUCCCGGAUCUUCCUUCAACGGCAUCGACUGCAUCUCCGAUGAACGUCCUAGGUGCCCCCCAAACUCAGUCAUCAACGGCCGAGAGUGCAUCUCCACAGGCGGAGCAAAGUGUCGUGAGGGUUACACCCUCACUGGGAAUGAGUGCAUCGCAAUUGAACUUCCCAGGUGUCCUACUGGAUCCACACUCGUCGGCAGACACUGCAGACACCCCGAUAUUCCCACCUGCAAGGACGGCACCAACCUGCAUGACGGACACUGCGCCUCUCCGACACCUCCCGAGUGCCCGGUCGGUAGCUAUUUCAGCAACGGCAGAUGUCUUGCUCGAGACCGCCCUCAUUGUCACUCUGCCAACUUCAUCUACGACGGUACCAAGUGUAUCGCGACAGGCAAGCCCAGGUGUCCUGAUGAUCUCUGGUUCGAUGGCACGAACUGUGUUGGUAGGGAUAGACCCGCGUGCCCUGAUGGCCAGUCAUUCAACGGCAAGGAGUGUAUCUCGAUCAAGGACCCUAGAUGUCCUGACGAUCUCUUCUUUGAUGGCAAUGGCUGUGUGUCUAGAGGCCCGCCCAAGUGCGACGGCGACACUGCCUGGGACGGUCAUAAGUGCGCCUCCAACAAGGAUCCCAAAUGUCCCGAGCGCACCACCUACGACCGCGCAACAAAGUCGUGCACAGCAAGACCCCCCAAGUGUCCUGAAGGAACCGAGCUUCGCGGCGACGUCUGUGUCCUUAUCAAGCCUCCGGAGUGUCCUGAAGGUACCUACCGUAAGGGAGCCAAGUGUGUUGCUGAUACACCGCCCACAUGUCCUGAUGGCCUGCACAUGGAGAAUGGCCACUGCGUUUCGUCCAAGCCACCGACCUGUGGUGAGGGUACUGCGUUUGAUGGAAAGAGAUGUGUUAUUGGCACCAAGAUGGAGUGUUUCAACAUGGAGGUCUGUCCUCCUGUCGGUGCAGCGUCGCUGCCUGCUCCAUGA